AUGAUGAUUAUGAUUGUCGUUGCGUUGAUGAUGACAAUGGUUGAUCAGGUUGAUCAUUACAUGGUGCAACAGUUGGGUAUAAAAGCGAGAAGUCGCCCAUAGUUAGGCAUCAGUUGAGCUUGAGGAGUGUUAGGAAUCUUGUCAACCCAAAACCAAAACCCUAAGUGGAUUAAUAGGAAAAAUGAAGGUUUUCGUGUGUUUGUGCGCCUUGUUUGCUGUGGCUAAUGCCGGUUUCCUGGGUCUCUUGGGAGGCGGUGGUGGUGGCGGCGGCGGUGGAGGCAGCUCUGGCGGCGGCGGCGGCGGUGGAUGGAGUUCCGGUGGUGGUGGUGGUGGCGGCGGCGGUGGCUCAUACCACGGUCAUGGCAGCGGCCCAGUACAAGUUGUCAAGGUCAUCCAUCAGCAAGGCGGUUCGGUUGGCAGCAGCUAUGGUGGUGGCGGUUAUGCUGGCGGUUACAGCUAUGAGCCAUCUCCACAAAUUUAUAAGGUCAAGGUUAUUUCCGGUGGCAGUAGCAGUGUUUCCGCUCCUGCUCCUCUUUAUGCCGGACCCGCUCCUGUCUAUGGGCCUCCAGCUCCUGUGUAUGGUCCACCUGCUUCAGUUAAGGUCAUCAAAGUAUUGCAGGAAUCCGCACCAGUGUACGGCGGUGGUCAUUCUGUAGGUGAAUCUGCUGCCCCACAAAUCAUCAAGGUGGUUCAUCAGCAGGGUGGAUCAAGCGGCGGCGGAUUCAUUGGCGGCGGCUCUGGUUUUUCCUCGGGACCCGCCCAGGUCAUUAAGGUUGUGCAUGAAAACCACGAUGCCGGUCUCAGCGUGGGCGGUGGUGGUUCCAUUCUGAGCGGCCCUGCCAAGGUGGUGCGUGUGAUCCAUGAGCAUUCGGCCGCUGUUGGCCAGUCCUAUGCCGCUCCUAUUGAGGGACCCGUUGCAGCACCAGUUGCAUCAUAUUUGCCACCUGUUCAAGACAUUCCAGCUCCCGCACCAGUUUAUGCUGCUCCUGCCCCCGCACCAGUCUAUGCUGCUCCUGCACCAGCUCCAGUUUACUCUGCUCCUGCUCCAGCUCCAGUUUACUCUGCUCCCGCACCAGCCCCAGUUUACUCUGCUCCUGCACCAGCUCCAGUUUACUCUGCUCCCGCACCAGCCCCAGUUUACUCUGCUCCCGCUCCAGCUCCAGUUUACUCUGCUCCCGCUCCAGCUCCAGUUUACUCUGCACCCGCACCAGCUCCAGUUUAUGCUGCCCCCGCUCCUGCACCAGGUCCAGUAUAUUCUGCUCCUGCUCCAGCACCAGUGUAUGCUCCUGCUCCCGCCCCAGUCUUGAGUGUGCCACACCCCGCACCAGCCCCAAUCUUUGCCCCAGCUGCACCUGUCAUCGAGGAGGCUCCCUUGCCCGUAGGUCAUGUGCCCGCCCCGGCAUACGGACCUCCUCAGUACUAAGAAGACUGCCCACACACCCACCACCCAUACACUCAUACACACUGAAGACCUCCGACCUUCCUAUAUAUUUCUAUUCUAUCGACACUUUUCCCUACACUCUUCCCAUAAGUUAUUUCAUAUUUUUUUUAUCCUUUAUUUUUUUUGCAUUUAAAAAUAGAAAAUAAACAAAAUAAAACAUACUAUUAAACGAAAAAA